AUGAACUCGACAGAACAGAUUGCAGCCAACGAACAAAAUGCUUUGCAUAUUCAAACCUUACUAGAAACCGACGGUACCUUGGGGUCUCCCAUUGAUCUGGACAUUGCUCGUAUGAAUGUCAUUGAACUGGAUCCGUUGAAAUGGAUUGGCAUGGAUGUGCCACCGAGGAAACUGAAAGUGACCAACACAGGUUUCACAGUAAUUGUUAGCGCAAAAUGGCAGGACGAGCGUCCAUGUCUUACUGGAGGACCAUUUCAAGGGAGAUAUAUAUUUGGACAAAUUCAUUUCCAUUGGGGAAAGAACGAAAUGAAUGGCAGUGAUCAUACUAUUGAUGGUGCAAGUAUGCCUAUGGAAAUCCAUGUCGUGCAUUUCAAGGAGGAAUAUGAAACGUUAGAAUCGGCACUUAAGCGACCUAACGGUGUAAUCGUAUUGGUGUAUUUUUGUAAGUUACAGAAUGAAUCGAAUCCAUUCAUGGAAGAAAUCGUGAAAAACUUGCCCACAAUUCGUACAGCGCAUUCGUCAAUUCGCAUAAACCCUUUCAAACUAACGGACCUCCUGCCAGCAUUCUCAGCAGACUAUUUCCUAUACUGGGGAGCCAUAACAACAACGCAAAAUGUGCACAGUAUUCUCUGGAUAAUCUGCAGAGAACCAAUUGGAAUUAGCAUUAUGCAACUUGCAGAGUUUCGCACUAUGAAAGACGAAAAAGGUGUGCCUAUUUUAACCAAUAUACGUCCACUGAAAGGGAAACAUCAAAGAAGCGUUUUCCACGUUUGUCCAUCGGGAUCGACAUACGCCUCACUUUUACCAAUUCCACGUGACACCCAAUCGAUUCACACAGUAAAAAGCACUGACUCUAAUGAAACGCAGUGA